AUGUAUAACAAAUGCAGAAAGCGUCAAGCAACAAAUCUCGUACUUCAAGAGAAACGCCCGAAAAGUUUGUAUGAUAUUUUGUGCAAUCGCAUGAAAUUAUUAAAUCGAAAAUUCUUCAUUCACCGAAUAUUUUACAUAGGUGAAUGCCAAAUUGAGAUAAACGCAAGCACAAAUAUCCGUCUAUAUUUAAAGGAUAUCAUCGCUGGAAUCAACUCCGGCCAUUGCGAAGAACGAUUAACUGGCUUCGUCUUGAGCUUCAGUAAAUAUUUUCUAAACGUUGUCGAGGGUUCCGAAUCCGAACUUAUCGAACAUUUAAAUCUGCUGAGGGAUGCAGGAAGCAUUUGUUUCGGACGAGUAAAAUUAUUGGUUGUUCAACAUAACAUUAAAGAAAGGUUGCUGAAGAACUGGGUUAGUGUCACUCCGAAUCCUUGGAAUUCGGCUGAUCGCAUGCAAACUGACUUCAAAAGCUCUGAUGAUGAAAGCAUAAUAAAAAUUAUUAAAGCUGCGCGUCGAUUGGGCGGUAAAUUGGAUACCUUGAAUUUGGUGGACGGAGGUCGUACAAUUAUUGAUAUUGAUGACAAUGUUGAUUUGGAAUUGUUGGUUGAUGAUAAAUUGAUUGAUGUGCUAUUGGAUGAUCGGAAACUGUUUGAUAUAGAGGAUUAUCAUCGUAGCUAUGGAAAUGUACCUGAGUUUGAAGAUUUUAUUGAUAUAUCGUGGCCUGUUGCUCCUGAUUACGUUCCUAGGAAUAUUCUAAGAGAGAGUUUAGUAACUAAAUAUUUAACAGAAAAAGACGUAACAGAAGAAUAAUUUAAUUUAGUUAAACCCUCUUCUUCUCAUUGAA